CUGGGCACAGGCGCCGAGAAGCCACAAGCUGGCAGCACCGAAGGAGGUGCCAAGGAGAUCAGUUAACGCGCUCCACCAAAAUAGGCUGUAGAGCGACCUGCUGGUAGGCCUGACAAGCCCAGCAGAAGGCAGACUAGGUCGGACUAGGAAGGCGCCAAAACCGUGCGGAAUACGGCUGCGCGGGAUCGGAUCGUGGAGAAGAAAAACGCGAUCAUCUGGAUCAUUUUGGCGGAAAUCGGAUCGGUAAACAGAUUAAAGUGGAAAAAUGGCUCAAAAAGUCAAGCCAACCCGAAAGUCCAGAUGACUAAGCAGAUCCAGGGCAGGUUAGCUCAACCGGCACCUCUGGCUGUACGAAGUCAGGCAGCACCUGCGCCGGUGAGAAACCAGGCUACACCGGCACCUUCGACGAGUCAGACGACAUCGACGCCUCCUGAUCCUGAAAUUGAUCAGUUUACGGGCUUUAAUCCAAAAUGUCCGGACUGUAUUCGAAAUAGCGAUGGAGUUCCAGAGACAACGACGGUUUCCUCUCUUUCACAAUGAGCCACUGAAGAACGCCGGGACGUCGGCUGACGCUGAGCCUAAGCGGAAAACGCCGUUGAGUGUGGGUGAAAAGUAUCUGGCAUUGCCGUUGGAAGUGCUGAAGGAGAUCUUCCUGUCGCUGGACACCGUCGACCGCGUGCGUUGUCGCCGCACCUGUCAUCUAUGGGCCAGGCUGCUUGCUGCGGACGACGUGGGCAGUGAGGUGCGUGUGGCGCUCCCGGGCCACCGCGUUCGGGAUAUCUACGCCCUGUACGCUUGCGUCGCCAAGUCCAUCACGCCCGCCACCCGUACCAUCUCCCUGCGCGAAAACGGAAGGUACCGCGAAGGAGUGUUCGAAGUGGCCCAGAAUCUCCUAAAGGAAGCCGGGAUCCGUCUCCACCGUUGCAUCGUGCACCGCCGAUCCAGCAGCCUCGAGGAGUCGAAUGUGGCGCUGUACGCGCUGCCCUCCGAGAUGAACGCGGGGCGGAGCGGGCUGCUGCCCUACUGUCAGCGGGUGAUCGUCAAGGAUUUCGUCUUUACCUUGUUGAAGGACGAACAGACCGUUAUGGAGUUGCGCAUUCCCUUGGUCGUCUCCAACGGACGGCGGGUCGAUGCGCUGGGCGUUGUGGAGCUGUUGGAGUUGGGAGUUGUGGAGUUAUAGCAGCACUUGCGCAGCCAGGGACCGCCGGUGGAUGCGCAGCGCAUCGCCCAGUGCAUGCCCAAUAGGAUGGUCAGUAAAGAGAGAGCAGUGAGAAAGGUAGAACACGCCAAAUAACAUCCCUUGAUGAACAUCCCUACGCAGUGGAACCCGUGGACACGUGCACCCCGGACAGACGGAAGUUCAUCAGCGAGCGCAGCUUUGCUUAUCUGAUGGCGCACUUGUGGAACGAAAUCAAGCCUGGCUCGUGCAGCUUGGGCAACGCCCAGUUUCGGCAUGGUUCGCAAACA